AUGCCACCGUUAGAUACCAUUUACAUCUUUUGUGGCAACAAAUCCAGACAUGAAGGAUGGGUACAAAAAUGGACAAAAAUCAAAGGUGUCCAUACAAAUAUCAAAGAUAUUUGUCAAGCAUUACAAGUGGCGGUUAAACAAUGUCACCAAGACACAAUAGCCGUAAGCUUUCUUGCGGUAAAUGAAAUGGCUUCAACAGAUAAAUUAAAUCAGUUGGAGCCAACUUUCAUGUAUACUCAACUAUUCAAGGAGAUUCUCCUUGAUAUCGAAUAUGAUCGUAAGGCGAUCAAGGACUUAGCAGCUUGUUGCCGUGAAGUCUUUACUGAAAAUCCAACUGAAUUAAAGACUAUUAACGAAUUCGAACGUGACUAUCGUCCAGAAAAAGCAAUCUGGUGGUAUACACGUGAGUGUUUCACCUACAAAAUGCUCAAUCAAGCACUUCGACUUAUGGAUGCCGAUAUAAUCAUUAAUAUGGGCUUCUUUCUGCGUGAUGUACAUCAACAAAUUCAACGGCUGCAUGAACAACAAGUCAGUAGUUAUGGAAGAAAAUCUUUUAAAGUUUAUCGAGGACAAGGUCUUAUGAAAUCAGACUUUGCCAAACUUCAGAAAGCAAAAGGUGGACUUAUGUCAUUUAACAAUUUCUUGUCCACAAGUAAAGAUAAAGAAGUGUCUCUCGAAUUUGCUGGACGUGCUUCAACAGAGCCAAAUAAGGUGGGCAUUCUCUUUAUAAUGUCCAUUGAUCCUUGUACUAAGUCAACACCAUUUGCCUGUAUUACUGAACUUAGUUAUUUCAAGGCACAAGAAGAAGAAAUUCUCUUCUCAAUGCACACUGUCUUUCGAGUGAAUGCAAUUAAACAAAUGGACAAUAAGAAUGAACUUUAUCAAGUUGAAUUAGAAUUAACGUCGGAUGAUGAUGAACAACUACGAUCACUUACUAAUCGGAUACGAGAAGAAACUGGUGAUGGCACCGGAUGGCAAAGAUUGGGUAACUUAUUGAUUAAAAGCGGUCAAUUUAAUAAAGCAGAAGAACUUUAUAACGUAUUACUUGAACAAACAUUUGAUGAGAGUGAAAAAGCGCUAUAUUAUAUUUGUCUGGGAUAUGUCAGAAAUCAGCAGGGUGAUUAUGAAAAAGCUAUUUGUUAUUAUGAACAAGCACUUGAAAUUCGACAAAAAACUCUUCCUUCCAAUCAUCCUCAUUUGGCUACUUCAUACAAUAACAUCGGUGUGGCGUAUAACAGCAUGGGAGAGUACUCGAAGGCGCUUUCAUAUUACGAAAAAGCACUUGAAAUUUGGCAAAAAAGUCUUCCUUCAAAUCAUCCUUCAUUGGCUACUUCAUACAACAACAUCGGUUUGGUGUUUCAAAAGAUGGGAGAGUACUCGCAAGCACUUUCAUAUUACGAAAAAGCACUUGAAAUUUGGCAAAAAACUCUUCCAUCAAAUCAUCCUUUAUUGGCUACUUCAUACAACAACAUCGCUGGUGUGUAUGACGAUAUGGGAGAUUACUCGAAAGCACUUUCAUAUUACGAAAAAGCACUUGAAAUUUGUCAAAAAACUCUUCUUUCCAAUCAUCCUUUAUUGGCUACUUCAUACAACAACAUCGGUAGUGUGUAUAAGAACAUGGGAGAGUACUCCACAGCACUUUCAUAUUAUGAACGUGCUCUGGACAUAUGGCAACGUGCACUACCUCCAACUCAUCCCAAUAUAAAAAUUGUUAAGAACAAUAUUGAAAUUGUAAAAAAGAACUUAUAA